UCUCAUUUCUAGGCCUAAACGAUGCUAGUACUAGGCAAGUAGAGUAGCAGCCAAAGCGGACACCGCUACCACCUCCACUACCCACCUUCCUUCCUUCCUGAGGAUCUCCGCUUGAAGAGAAGAGAACCCCAACCCUAACCCUAACUCCAAUGGCGUUCGCCCCGCGCCUCCUCCUACCUUCCCGGUGCCCCCCGCCGGCCUCCUCCCCCGCGCGCCACGGCGGCCGCACCGCGCCUGAGCUGUCCGGUCCCACCCCGCGCGUGGUGGUGGUCACCUCCGGCAAGGGCGGCGUGGGUAAGACCACCACCACGGCCAAUCUCGCCGCCUCCCUCGCACGCCUCUCCCUCUCCGCCGUCGCCGUCGACGCCGACGCGGGCCUGCGCAAUCUGGACCUCCUCCUCGGCCUCGAGAACCGCGUCCACCUCACCGCCGCCGACGUGCUCGCUGGGGACUGCCGCCUCGACCAGGCCCUCGUCCGCCACCGCGCGCUCCAUGACCUGCAGCUGCUCUGCCUCUCCAAGCCCCGCUCCAAGCUGCCCCUCGCCUUCGGCUCCAAGACCCUCACCUGGGUCGCUGACGCGCUUCGCCGCGCCGCCAACCCACCCGCUUUCAUCCUCAUCGACUGCCCUGCAGGUGUUGAUGCAGGGUUUGUCACUGCUAUUGCCCCUGCAGAAGAGGCCGUGCUUGUUACUACCCCUGACAUUACGGCUCUCCGUGAUGCUGACCGUGUUGCAGGGCUAUUGGAGUGUGACGGCAUCAAAGACAUUAAGAUUAUUGUCAACCGAGUACGCCCAGACCUGGUGAAGGGAGAGGAUAUGAUGUCAGCACUUGAUGUUCAAGAAAUGCUUGGCUUGCCUUUGCUAGGUGUUGUGCCAGAGGACGCGGAGGUGAUCCGGAGUACAAAUAGAGGUGUGCCGUUGGUUCUGAACGACCCACCCACACCAGCUGGUCUUGCUCUGGAGCAGGCGACUUGGCGGUUGGUGGAAAGAGAUGCAAUGACAGCAGUUAUGGUAGAGGAGCAGGAGAGGCCCAAGAAGAAAGCUGGGUUCUUUUCAUUCUUUGGUGGGUAAUUUGCUGUGAGAUUAAUGAGCUCAGUGUAGGCAGUGUGUACAGAUUUGCGUUUUGGAGCUACGAUUGUUUUUCCCAUUUCUUUUGCUUUGUUAUAGUGUAGAAUGAUUCAUCCGUUGUGCUUAAAUCCAUAGACUGGAGUAUUUUGCCUUGUUUGCUCAGUACAUAAGUAAUUUACGAAGAUAUGUUUUGGUGCUUCUA